AUGAUUCCUCGUGUAUUACCAUCUAUUCCUUCUAUUAGUGAGCUAGGUGUCAUUAUGGAAGAUACAGAGAUGGUUAGUGAAACAUUCUUAAAGAAUGAACAUAUUUAUAACUGUUUUAACGUCUAUGAUGAAUUAAAGGUGAUUGUAGAUAAAAGCUAUUCCCAUCAAUCAUUCUUAGAUCGUUUAACUCACGAUAUCUAUGAGUUAUCCUUGAUUUUAUCUACUACGGUGAUCACACAGACUUUGAGUGAGUUAAGCAGUGUUAAAUCUGUAAUCAUUACAGAUGAAGUUACAGGUGGUUGUUUUAUUGAUUGUACUAGGAAAACCUUUGGGAACUGGCGUAUAACCAUCAAAGGAAGUAACGAAGAGAUACUUUUCCUUGGUCACAUGUUCAUGAUCAAUCAAUUGGAUCAAUCAGAUUACAUUACCAUCGAAGUUACUAAAUCUAAGUAUGUCAAACUAUGUGAGAUGAAGAUUUUACGAUGGGAAGACAUCACGUUGAUUCCAACAGGGUAUAUAGGGUAUUUAGUUAAUGUGUUGAUCACUAAGGAGAAUAUUUAUAGCCUUAUCAGAGAAAUUAUGAUUAUAAAUAGUGAUUUGAAGGUAUAUAAACCUCAAAGGACAACUAUAUUACAAUCGAUUGAUGAUCUUAACCUACCAAGAACUAACCCUUUGAAACUUAUUCAACCUGAAGUCAGUAUUACAAAGUUAAUCACUCUAACUAAGGCACAAGUAGGAUAUCUAAUAGGUAAACAGGGAGAGAGAAUCAAUUCCAUAAGAUAUAAAACUGGAUGUAAAGUAACAGUUUUACCAGUAUCAAGUGAUAAUCUACUAACAGGAAAUAGGAGAACACCCCAAGUAAUCAAAUUAUUUGGAACCAGUGAUAAAGUUGAUAAUGCUUAUAAGUUAAUAAUGGGGAAUCUUCAGGUCUAUAAAGAUAAUGGAUCAAUUUAUUCAUAA